AUGCGUCCAAUUUGGAUCUUCCAACGGCUAUCCCCAACUUCAUCAGACCUCACAAAUCUUUGGUUCCUAGGCUUUCAACUCUUUAAAGCUCAGUCAAUUGCAGCAUAUCUGAACUCAACACGCCAAGAUGCGCUCGACGAACUGACUCUCACCUACGGCAAGCUGCUCGAGGAUUACCGGAUCCUGCGCAGUGACUACGAAGAGGAAAAGGAGUCUCGCGAGAAGUACAAGAAGCUCGCUCGAGGUCAAGACAAAAACCCCUUUGUCCUUGUCUUGAUCGAUGCCGAUGGUUAUGUAUUCGAAGACUCUCUAAUCAAAGGCGGUGCUGAAGGUGGCAUCAGAGCUGCCAAUAUUCUUCACGACACUAUUCAAGACAGGCUUUCACGACGCGGCCAUGAGUAUGAGAACUGUAAAGUCAUGGUCCGCGCCUAUACCAAUCUCGCUGGACUGUCCAAGACACUCGCGCGUGCAGGCCUUGUUGGACACGAGGCACGAUCCCUGAGCCCUUUUUGUUCAAACUUUACACGCGCGCAUGAUCUCUUCGACUUCGUCGAUGCAGGCGAUAAGAAGGAGAAUGCGGACAACAAGAUCCAGAAGAUUACCCGAAUUCGUGGUUCCUCGUUCAGUCCUGAAUUCAAUCGCCUUGGACUUGAUAUUGACAGUCUUAAUGGUCUGUUCCACAACAACCCCCUGGAUAGUCUCGAUGCUCGACGAAUUAUUUCCAGGACUCCAGUAGCACAUUCGCAACAAAGUAUCAUGCCUAACGGGCACUCCGGGGCGGUCUCUAACCAUACACCCGUCUGUACGCACUAUCUUCGAGGCAUCUGCAAGUUUGGAAGUGGCUGCAAGAAAUGUCAUAGCAGUAGUAAAGAUUCGUGGCGCUCGAAUGAUUACACCGCUGGACGAGAUUCCGCGCAGAGAGAUCCCACUCAAGCCUCCUUCUUCCGAUCAUCUUCAGAUUUCGGAACCCCAAUACCAAGCAAUGAAGACAUCGGUGCUCCUCAAUCGAGCAUUGCUCUACCACAUAGAUCUGCUACUAUUCAGGCUUUUCCUUCCUCCUUGCCUGCCACAUCCUUUGCGCACCCCUCCAGCUGUCUACCGAAACAAACACCAGAAAAUGCCAAUCUUAUACCUAUCAACAGCAUCGGACACAGAUUGGACUUUUUGCUACCAACACCAUCCAGCGAAGACUGGAAAGCCUACAAUGCUCGAAUUGCUCCGCCUAACAAAAAGCUCUGCAAUGAGUAUCAACUCAAAGGAUACUGCACAAAGGGAGACAGUUGUGGCUGGGAUCAUAGCUCUAUCCCAGAUAACAUCAGGCUUGUCCUCAAGCACUUUGUUCAUAGCUAUCCGUGUGGCCGCAAAGGAAACUGUCGCCUGAAGAAUUGUAAUAUGGGCCACAUCUGUUUCCGGGACAGAUGCGACACCACAAAAAAGCACGGAACCUGUAGGCUCAACUACACCAUGCAUGAAAUUGAUCCUGUCGUCGCCGAUUGGGUGCCGGCCGAAUCGAAUAUCGAAGUCUAUAACCCCGACUCCUUUGGCAUGACAUCUGGAGAAAACAAUCACAGCGAGAGAGAUGGCCUAUCGCGUGCAGUCAGUGAGGCACCUCAGAAUGAGAAUGAUAUCGACCCACUCUCUUACACGGAGCCUCAUCCAGAUGAUCUGGACUAG